UUAAAUAUUCAUCUCAUCAAAUUCUUCCAUUCUUGAUUCUUCGACAUUCUUCACACUAGCUAGAUCUGUAUUCCGAUUCAUCUUGAUUAUGCUCAUCCUUCUUCGCCUUCAAGCCAAACGUAAACGUCAAUGAUAACAAAAAAACGUUUCUAUAAAUUCUCUCAUCAAUGGGAAACUGUAAUGGCUGUCUAUAGUCACGCAAGGGCGGUUACAGAGUCGAUAACGGAGCUAUCCUUAAUGAUGCUAAAACCCUAACCGAUAAGCAUAAAGGCCAAGAUCAAAGAAUGGAAGAAGCUAAAUCUAAAAUGGAUUCUCCAUCUCUGCCUUAUGUGAACGUCGAUUCUUCUCUCCGAGCUCUCGCCGGUCAAGCUGAAGGUUUCGGCCGCUCUGCCAUCGGCGGUCUUCAUGGUCCACUUUAUCACGUUACUACUUUGGAAGAGGCUGAAACAGAGUUUCAUAACUUCUUUCAACAAGGAUACUCUAAGAAGGUUUGCAGAAACAGUCUCAUUGGAUCCAGCAAAACAUAUGUCGUGGCUUGUUUAAAACAUUAUUUCUCUUGGUCUUAUUGGAUUCAUCCAUGGAGCAGAAGAAUGGUAUCUUUUUAUUUUGUUUCCUUUCAAUUACAAAUUAGUUUUUUUCCCUUUCUGUCAUACCUGAUUUUUGGUGUUAAGUUCUGGCUUAAUUUUGUUAUAUUAUGAAGUUCCUUCAUUUGACAGAGAUAAAGUUCAUCAUUUUGUCUCUUCCAAUCAAUGUAGUUUCUCCAUUAUUUGAAUUUUAGAAUGCUUCUGGGCCGAUAAGAAGUUAUAAGCUUAGAUCAUGUUUUUAGAUGGAAUU